AUGGAUAGGUCAUGGUUACGAGCUGAUAGAAGAACGAAAGAGUUUCAAAGAGGCGUUAAUGAUUUAUUGUUGUUUGCAUAUGGAAAUGGGUAUACCGAAGAAAAGAUUAGUUGUCCCUGCACAAGGUGCGCACAUAGUAAAUCAUGGAAAGCUCAAACAGUUAAACAUCAUCUUUUUCAAUACGGUAUCGAUCAAACUUAUACACGUUGGAUAUGGCACGGGGAGUCAAAUUUAGUAGAAAGUCCUGUACCGACUGAAACAGGAAGUACUUCAGAAUCUAUUAAUCAAUUUUCCACAGGAAUGGAUAUACCUGAGGACCAUGAAGAUGAUAUUUCUUCAGAUUAUUCAGAUUUUGUCAACCAUGUUAAAGGUGAACAUCAGCCACUUUAUCCCGGAUGUGAGAGUUACACUAAGUUAAAAGCUUUAGUUAAGUUGUACAAUUUGAAAGCGAAGCAUGGUAUGUCUGAUGCAUGCUUCUCUGAUGUUCUACUACUAAUUGGGUCUAUGCUCCCGGAAGGAAACAAUAUUCCUUCUUCCUUCACUGAAGCGAAAAAAACCUUAUGUUCAUUAGGAAUGGGGUAUGAAAAGAUACACGCAUGUCCGAAUGAUUGUUUAUUAUACCGUGGUGAGAGAGAUGAGGAUGAGACUACAUGUCGUAUAUGUAAGGCCUCUAGAUGGAAAGUGAAUCGGAAAGGAGAGGAACUGGAAGGGGUACCUGCUAAGGUUUUAUGGUAUUUUCCGUUGAUACCGAGAUUAAGAAAUUUAUUCAGUACACUGCACAUUGCAAAAGAAAUGACUUGGCAUGACACUGGGCGACAAAAGGAUGGUAAAAUGAGGCAUCCAGCUGACUCAAAAACAUGGAAGGAUGUCGACCAAAACUGGCCCGAUUUUGCAUCAGAGACCAGGAACCUUCGACUAGCUUUAUCUGCUGAUGGUUUCAAUCCCUUUCAUGGAAACCGUACUGAUCACUCAACCUGGCCUGUUUUGCUAUCAAUUUACAACCUUCCUCCCUGGCUUUGUAUGAAGAGAAGAUAUAUUAUGCUCUGUUUAUUGAUAUCAGGACCAAUUGAAUCAGGAAAUGAUAUCGACGUGUACCUUCAACCACUUAUAGAAGAUUUACAAGAGUUGUGGCGAGGGAAACAAGUGUACGACGCAUAUAAGGAAGAAUCUUUCAUACUUAGGGGCAUUUUAUUAUGGACAAUAAGUGAUUAUCCAGCCUUAGGGAACUUGUCGGGAAACGUCGUUAAAGGUUAUAAUGCUUGUACUGUAUGCAUUGAUCAAACAAAAGCUACCAGGCUUGUUAAUUACCGCAAGACGGUGGUCAUGAGGCAUCGGAGGUGGUUGCCCCGUCAUCAUCCAUAUAGAAAGCAAAAAUCAGCUUUUGAUAACACUAUAGAGAAGGAGGGGUGCUCCUAUUCCAUUAACUGGAGAGCAAGUUUUUCAAAGAGUACAACAUCUGAGGAGUCAUGUCUUUGGUAA